CAACUCAACACACCAACAAACUGCACCAAAGCAGGCAGCUCCCUUAGCAAAGCCCAGGCAUGAGAUACACUGCAGAUGACACGAGAACUCGUUUGUGAAGCACUGCAACAUACAGAAGGAAACAAAAGCAGAAGCACUCAGCCUGUCACCUGGAAUCCACAGCUGUCUCUGGCUAAGCCACCAGUUCAAAGCCAGAGGAAGGGAAAAGUCUUGCAAUUGGGAUGCAGAGCUGCUCCUCCAGCUUCAGCUUGAGCCCUGGGACCUGCACAUCAACACUCCUGCCCGCUCACAAGGGGAAGAGCGAGAGGAAUUGCGAAUGACCCUCCGUCAGCAACACUAGCUUCCCGUCGCAUCGCAGGGAACACUCGAGGGUCCCAUCGCUUCUCAGCAGCACGCUACGGAAGGGGAUUAAAAACAAAGCACAAAUGAAAGCCACGGCCAACUUCAGCUACUCUAGGAACAGCAGCAACUGCACCAGCGAUAACAGAAUCAGUCAGGUCGUCUUCCCAUUGCUGUAUACGAUUCUCUUCUUGGUGGGAAUCACCAUGAAUGGGCUGGCAAUGUGGGUCUUCUUUAAAAUAUCCAGUAAAUCCAACUUCAUCAUUUUCCUCAAGAACACCGUCAUUUCUGACUUCCUCAUGAUCCUGACUUUUCCAUUUAAAAUCCUUAGUGACGCAAAGCUGGUCACGUGGGAACUGAGAGGAUUUGUGUGCCAGGUCACCCAGGUUGUAUUUUACUUCACCAUGUACAUCAGCAUUUUGUUCCUCGGUCUAAUAACUAUCGAUCGCUAUCAGAAAGCCACAUCGCCCUUCCGAACAUCAACCCCAAGGAGCCUUUUACACGUCAAGAUCCUGUCCACAGCAAUCUGGAUAUCCAUGUUUGCUCUCUCGUUACCCAACAUGAUCCUAACGAACCAGAAGCAAACGCCCAGGACCGUCAGGAAGUGUGCUCUGCUGAAAUCCGAGUUUGGCUUAGUCUGGCACGAAAUCGUGAACUACAUCUGUCAACUUAUCUUCUGGGUUAAUUUAGCAGUUAUAGUUGUUUGCUACAUACUCAUAAGCAAAGAACUGUAUAAAUCCUACAAAAGGACAAGAUGCACGGGAAAGGCAACCAAAAAGACUGUAAAUCUGAAGGUUUUCAUCGUUAUCGCAGUGUUCUUUAUUUGCUUUGUGCCGUUCCACUUCACCAGAAUCCCCUACACGUUGAGCCAAACCAGAGGCGUGUUCGAAUGCUCUGCCCGGAACACCUUGUUUUACCUGAAGGAGAGCACGUUGUGGCUGACGUCCCUGAACGCUUGCCUAGAUCCAUUCAUUUACUUUUUCCUUUGCAAAUCCUUCAGGAAGUCCUUGCUGGACAUGCUGUGCAAGCACACAGCGUGCUCAGAACUCGGAGCACGGAUGAAGGAGCAGAAUGAAGGAGAUGACACAGACGAGACGGCACUCUAGAGCCAAGAGCCACCCAUGCCCCUUCUUGGCCACACACGUUUCUGUUGGUAGGGGGAAGCGGCACAAGCCCUGAAGAAGAAUAUCUACAAUUUCACCAGCUUCUGUAACUGUCCUACAGAUGAAGCACAAGCACCUUGGAAUCGACGUCACUGGCAGCAAAAAUGGUGAAACUAGAAAGCUUGAAUGAAACAAGAGCAGCACCUGAUCACAGCUCCACAUGUCAGAAUUGCAAGGAAGAAGUCUGAACUUUUAGCUGGAGCUGUAAGGACAACAUUUAAAAGAGCCAUGAAACGCUACAGACGAGAUGAUGGACUGCAAAGACUUUGCAGAAAUAGCUUAAUUUAGGCCAGAGUAAAGUCCAUGACACAACAAGAUCUGCGAGAUGCAAAUAAAACCCACAGUAAAUGUGAUUCCUAAACACAGGGGGUUGUUACCUGGCAGGAAACUGGCAGACAAACAGAAACAGAGGACAUAGCUAGAUAAGCUAUUUAUCUGCAUAGACUUUUGAUAACAGAAUAACACUUUGCUUAUCUUAUUGUAUGCUUGCAAUCUUAAUCCACUGAGCAGUCACUAAUGGUUGUAUGUCAUAGGAAAUUAUUUCAUAACCAGACUUAUCUUGAUGUGAGGGAAACCUUCAAAUAUUUCACCUUUCUAUACCAAUAAACAAAACCAAACAUUCCUAGAGAAUAUUACAUUAGAAAAUAUACAAAGACUCAAUGUACAGUACAUCCAGAUCUUAGAGAAAGAACCACUCGAAGCAACAUCUUUGCUGAUUAUUAAGGCCAGAUUAUUAAGGGCAGCUUUCUUGCACUCUACGAAAAGUUUAACCACUUCCCCUCUUUCAUCUGGAAAAGCUGAAAGAAAAUAGGGAAGUAUUUUUGGCUAUGUAACUCAGGUAUCAUGACAACCACACACGAAAAUGCUCCUAGGCUGUCGUAAUAGAACACAGUUCAUUGAUCAUCAUGGCAAAGCAGCUCUGGGUCAGAAACGUGUUUCAUCACCAUGCAUGAGCUGGCUCCUGCCAAAGCCAUUGCCUGUGCCUGGGAGGGCACCAGGUGUGUUUACAACUGAUACCCCUUUUCCUGAAAGGUUAAAAAGACAGUUCACUUGCUUUAGCACUCAUCCUUAGAGCUUAUGCAUCCC